CCAGCAGAUGGACAGCAAUUUUACGUUGAACCGGAGGCUCUUAAAAUAUUUCGAUUUUCCCUCUACGCGGUUAUCAUCGUUUUCGCCCUGGUGGGGAAUGUAACCGUGUGUGUGAUCUCCCGUCGCAACCGGCGUCUGCAACGAAGUACUUACUGCUUCAUAAUGAACUUAGCUGUGUCUGACAUUGGUUCAGUGCUCUGCCUUCCGUUUUUGCUACCAGAGUUAUUCAUUGGCAAUUGGGUGAUGGGCGAAGUCAUGUGCAAGCUGCUUAAACCUAGUGUGGUCGUUUUUAACUUUGUCACGACCAACACGCUGGUAGCGAUCGCUUGCGACCGAUUCCGCGCCGUCGUGUUUCCUUUCGUAACACGUCCAACCACGUCGGAAACACGUCUCAUCUUAUCUUUGCUAUGGUUGAUCGCAUUUUUGUUUUCACUUCCAUCGUACGGUGCUAUGACGGUCUACAGCUAUCCUGAAGCACCCGAUAUCUACUUCUGCUUGGACAUUUUCUCCGAGGAUACAAUAAAGGAUACUUUGUAUCGUCGAAUUUACACGAUAAUAAUGUACAGUGUACAGGCCUUACUUCCAGUGGUAGUUAUCUCCGUGUUAUACCUCAAAAUCACAGCAACGUUAAAGAAUAUCCGCCUGAUACCUCUAUCCAUCAGGACUUUGCGGUCUAGCUCUUUAAACUCCACGCCCAGUUCAAGCCCAAGGUCAUCAGUUGUACAUAUAAACAAACUGAACAUGAAUCCCGCAGGAUUUGUACGAAGGCAGUUGAUGGAGAAAAAAUUUCUGAGAAUGCUUAUGACUGUGUUGCUUCUUUACGUACUAUGUUAUCUCCCAUUCCAAACCUUUUAUCUCGUUUAUGAAUUCACCCCAGGUUUGUACAAUCUCCCUUAUUUGCAGACGUUAUCCGAGUACUUGUACUUGAUUGUUUGGCUGCCUAACGCACUUAACCCCGUCUGUUACGGUUGUAUGAACGAGCAGUACAAGCGUGCUUUCAGGGCGCUAAUGUUUCGACCCAGGAAGUUCUUCCAAACUCUCAACUUGCGGCCGAGUUUCAGUCAUUCGACCGUGGUAAGGACGUUGAGCAAAAAUCGUGGAAAUGUAUUCAGUGUUUAGAAAGUCGAAAAAAAAAAAAAAAUUCAGCCCGCGAUAUUUCAAUCUAAGUGUUCUUCGCUUGAAUAGUUCUACUCUCAUCAGAUCUUUAAGGGAACAUCCACUGUCGUACCAAAUUAACGUUGACCGUCUUUGAAACUUGUUAGAGUAAAUUCCUCAUUCCAUUUUUCCCUUUGCUCUUAAGCCCACAACAUCCAUAUACAGAUUCUCCCGACUUCGUGAUUUCCGUCUCGGAAGAUUUGAUAUAAGAGAUCCAAGCAAUUCCCCUUUAGCGAUCAUUUUAUCAGUUCUCGUAAUCUUUUCCCUUGGUUAUGUUUUGGUAGUGUUACAAGAAAAUUGAUGUUGGUCGCUCUUGUGACCAAUGGUGACGUAGUAGUGAGAGCACUUGCCUGCCACCACGGGUCCAACUUCUGAUGUAAGAGGUGACGCCUUGUGUGGGUUAAGGUGAUUGUUGAUGUUCUCCCAUGCUCCGAGAUAUUUUGUCAGGGUACUUCCGUUUUUUACCCCCUUUUAAAGUCUUUGCGGUAAUUACAGGGCUUGCUUUCUGGGUAAGUUAAUUACAUCUUAAGUUUUUCCUUUUCUUUUUCUGUGUUUGCUGAUAUUGUUAUGAUUGCAACAAUUUCGAAAGUGGGAUCAACAAAAUGUACGACGCCCAAGAUUUAAAGAGUGGCUCUCGGAAAAUUAUAAGAAUAAAUUAAGCGAUUAUCUUAUCGUCUCCUCAAAUCUUCUUUUGACCUUUAGAAAAAAGUGAAAGGAAUUUUAAAUUUGUAACGAGUGAAACAAUUAAGAAUCUUUUCUUACAAGAACCAAUGCGCUUCUGGUUGACACAUCGUCAGCGUGAGUAUCGCUAUUGUUCUAUCAGUGGUUGUUCCUAUGGAGAAGGGAAGAUCUACUUCAAGCAGUCGUAAAUUUUAAAAAGAAUAAGGAGAACAUCUAAUUAAGCUUAUUAUUUAUUUAAAGCUUAAAGCUUUCUUAUCAUGUAAUAUAAUGUAUAAAUGUAAAGGUGGAAAAGCUUAUUAAUGUCUGAAAUUUCAUGGCGCUAAUACGCUGCCAGAGAUAUUAUUUAAAAGGUCUGUAAAUAGGUUAUUGUUUAAUUAAGAGACAUCUCUGUAAAUCCGAAGGGACAAAGGUAAAUUAAAUUGGAUUCAUUUAACUAAGAUUAUUAUACAUUGUGCUCAUUAUCCGUCUUCUCAUUGGCUAAGAGCCUACGGCUAAUUUUGCAAAUCAGCGCAACCUACAGAUUAAUUAGUUAUCUGCUAGCAGAUAACUGACUAAUCUGUAGGUUGCGCGCGCAAUGCAGGAUCAAUUCAGGUUCCUUGCGACGGUGUGUUUGCCGUUAUUUUCUUCAAAACAAUGUACAAUAAACAAUUAUUAGAUUCGGUUUUUGUGAUAUUCUAAAUAAUCAAGGUCUCGGUAAGUGUUAUCAGCCUGGGCCUUCGGCUCGGCUAAUAACACUUGCCUCGAAAAAAAAACCUCAUCCAGUAAUUGUUUAGUAGUCUUUGUAGUUUAUAUCCCGAGAUACGAUAUUCUAACCCCGUAACAUGAUUUUCUGUUUUGACUUUCUGGCUAAUCAAAUAGAUUCUAUUUUCCCGACUGUAUAUGUUCAAUUCUAGAUCCCAAAAGUUGUUACAAUGUGGUAAUUAUUUCCAUUACGAGAUUACUAAAGAAACAAAAUCCUGCCAGCUGCUACGUCAGUGCCCUAGCCUAGUUCCCAGUCCUCGUUAUUUCGGGCGUCGUUUUCUUUUUCGGUUCACGUGGUCCUCGAGAGGUUCAUUGUCUCUGUGACUUCAAAGGCUUGGGGAUAUGGACGUACGACGAAAAACUACUGCCCAGGCUUUUGCGAUAUUGACUGCCAUCGCUUUAAAACAAACAAACGGACAACAAAUAGCACGAUGUUACGACAAAAAGCAAAACAAAACAGAAGAACAACAACAAAAAUGGAUAACGGCCGCCUGACUCUUUGUGUAUCGGAUGGUUUUCAAUGCGAUCUCUCUAAAUUGUUAACUGUUUGAGACUUUGUCAACAAUUUAAGAUUCUUGUCCGAUAAAAGUUGCGGUUAAAAUCUAAAAACUGUUUGUUCAGGUUGGGUAAAUUGACAAUCAUUCGGUGUUCUACCCUUGCUCGGAAUUCUUGAUAUCAAGGUUGUUUUCUUUCCUAUCGGGUAAAAGUUAGCUUUGAAUGACCCGUUGCCCAAGGGCGUUUCAUAAAAAUACCAAAGCAUCCUUUCGGAAGGUGAAGCGACCCGUAUCUCAUUUAAUUGCAAAAUGUUAGUGAAGAAUAUUCGGUAAUGAUUAUCAGCACCUAUUUGCGUUUGUAAAACUGACAGAUCUUUUUUUCAGCUUAGCCCGGUCGACCUUAUUUGAACUUGCACUCCUGGAGAGAUCGAUUACUUUUGUUAUACAGUAAAUUCUAGACGAGUUUCCUGUCUUGCGAUAAGUUUCAAGCUGGUGAGCAAGUCGUCGUAUACGAAGGAAUCAUUUGAUCAGGUGAGUCUUUAAAGAUUACGUGAUAGAAACUUUAUUUAUUGAUCGUUUUUGUUAGGAAACACCAUUGCUACUAAAAAGAAGCCUAUGUUUGAAAUAUUCGUCAAUGAACGGAUCUCUUCGAGUGGAGGCAGGCUUUUCGAAGUCGCAAAUGCGCAUUUAUCGCAUUGAUAACCAUGUGAAACUGUAAUGUGAUGUUGAAACAUCUUCGAACUCAAUAGGUAAUUGGUAAUUCUCAUAACCUAGAAUCCUUUAUUGCGAAUACUACUCGGACCACUGGCCAGAAUUCAGUGAAUAAGAGUGUUUGUUGAAUAUUUUACGUUGUCAUUUACCUGUACUUAAAGAUAAACCCCUGAGGCGAUUCAAACAUUUCAGUCUUAAUUAGCACAAUCUUUAUAAUCCAUGUAUGUCUGGAAUUGUGAAAUGUAUUUGUUUUAAAUAAGAAUUUUAAUCUGUGCAGUAACGUACUGUAUCAACAGCUGUCUGUUAUGGUUAAAUGUAACCUCCAUGAACACGUAUCUAUAAUGAUAUUGCAUUAUUGUUCCGCUCUUCCGUCUUCGCCCGCAUAAAACUAGAGGGAAUUAGCACUCGUUGAAGCAAAUGUGCAAAUAUAUAAGUUGCUAAAUUUAACUGACUGAACCAUCGGUUUCUCUCCCUCUCUCUUUCCAUCAUAAUUGUUGGAGAAAAUGAGCAUUUAAAAAUGUUUCAAACCACUUCAUUUAGUUUUAAGGAAAGAAAAUCAGGCUGUAUCGAAUUCAAACGCCUCAACCAUAAAAACAUGACCGAUAUGCAAGUUAAUUUAGCAGUUUUGUAAGUUUAAACCGGAUACAGCCCGAGUUUGUUUGUUUUCAAGAGCUCAAUAGCCAGUAGUCGCAAGGCCUGUAGACUUGCUACAAGUCGACCUAGCUCUUAUCCCAAGCGAAAGAAGCUACAAUAGGCUAGCGAAGCGAGCUUCAUCGAGGUCGCGCAGCGACCGAGCGAGCGACGAAGUCGCGAGGCAUAACCAACCAGGAAAAAAAAAUUAAAGGACUUUUAGAAAGUCUACAAGCCUGCAUGGUCCAGGCUCCCACUUGGUCAGGGUGACCGUGCAAUAGAAAAAACAACAAAACGAAAAAACCGGAGGAUUUUGUCUUGUCACUUGUGCUCACAGACUGAGAGCUUGGUAAAGACUGAUAGUUUUAUGCCAGAUGCUUUUGCUGAAAGUAUGAAAUAUCCAGAAAUCUCUAACAUCUCUGUUAUUUACUGCAGGGACAACCAGCAGGCUAUGGUAGUAAAUAUUAACGCAUCAACAGUUGCGAGUAUCAUUACAGCCUCGACAAAAGCAGAAAAUUGAAGUCGACACAAAGGAAACAGUUACCCAUGGCUUCUGACGUCAACGCAUCCAUUUUUCCUCCAAACGAUUCUGAGUACAGAAUAAUAACAAACGAACAGCAGCCUUUUAUUGAACCUGAUGGUCUCAAGAUAUUUCGCUUUAUUAUGUACGCGCUGAUCAUUCUGUUUGCUCUAGUGGGCAACGUAGCAGUGUGUGUUAUUACACGCCGUAACCGUCGCCUUCAGACAAGCACCUACUUCUUGGUUAUGAACUUAGCAGUUUCUGACAUUGGGUCAGUGCUUUGCCUUCCGUUUUUGUUACCAGAGCUUUUUGUGCAAAGCUGGAGGAUGGGAGAAGUAAUGUGCAAGUUGGUGAAGCCCAGUGUUGUCGUGUUUAACUUUGUGACGACCAACACGCUGGUGGCGAUCGCAUGCGAUCGAUACCGCGCGGUUGUGUUUCCUCUUGUGCCUCGCCCAUCAACGUCGGAAACGCGUCUCAUCUUGUGUCUGCUGUGGUUAGUUGCCUUUUUAUUCUCUUUGCCGUUGUACGGCGCUAUGACGCUUUACAGCUUUGAUGAUGAGCCAUACAAUUAUUAUUGUCUGGAUAUGUUUUCUUAUGUUAGUGAAAAAGACACUGUAUAUCGUCACGUUUACACAAUAGUAUUGUACAUUGUUCACGUGAGUCUUCCUGUGCUUGUGAUCUCUGUAUUGUACCUUAAAAUCACAGCCACACUGAAAGAUAUCCGACUUCUACCACUAGUGCUCAGACCAAAUCAGUCCAGCUCUCUGACCUCCACUCCAAGUGCGAGCCCGCAUUCAUCAACGUUACAUCUAAACAAGCUGAACAUGAAUUCUACUGGCUUUAUGAAGAGACAAGCGAUGGAAAACAAGUUUCUUAAAAUGCUCAUGUCUGUGUUGCUAGUCUACAUCCUGUGUUAUCUCCCGUUUCAAACGCUGUAUCUCGUCAGCCAAUUCCAUUAUGAAUUGUACAGUUUACCGUACAUGCAGCUAUUUACAGAAUUUCUGUACUUGAUUGUUUGGCUGCCGAACGCGCUUAAUCCAGUAUGUUACGGUUGUUUGAACGAGCACUACAAGCGCGCUUUCAAAGCGCUAAUUCUACGGCCUCGCAAGUUCGUACAAACACUUAAAAAGAGAUACAAUUCGACUCAUUCUGUUAUGCUGAGCACCCAAGUAAAUAACCGCAUGUAG